GAUCGCGAUGUGGGUUUGGGGAUCUAAGCAUGGGAAAUGGUAGUCCCCAAACAUUAAGAGCUGGCGGUCCAUGGCACUGGUAACCCAGGUGCUUUGUGUGUGCGGCCGGUCCUACUCUCGGCCGCCCGCCGCCAUCCGUAACCCCGGACACCCGCCGGCAGCGCACCUUGCGCCGAUUCUCGAAAGAGAUGCACGCCGGGCGCGGCGCAUGGCUUCGGGGUCCCUGCCGGCCGCUACGCAGUUUACGUAGCGAACGGACGCCCGCGCAGGCGCAGGAGUGGGGCGGAGCAGCGGGAGCCAGGGAGCUGGAGCCCGGUGUCCCGGCGACCGGAUUCCGCUCACCCCGCAGCGGCCCGAGAACCUGACAGCGACUUCCUCUUAUUCACCGGGGCUGAGGGUGGACGCGGUGGGGGAACACGUCUGGAAUCUUAAGGACAGAGGAAGAAGCCUCCCAAUCCGGAUUAUUGGAGGGGAAAGAGGAACCAAGCUUGGGGAGGGGGAGAGCGGGGCGUUGGGCGCCCCCGCAGCGGCCGCUGCCCUAAGCUGACGGGCAUUGGCCGGCUCUCCCCCUCCUGCCAGCCGGACACGAGCGACCAAGGCCAGGGACUCUGUGCCACUGCAUCCUCGCAUCUUGGCUCUGGGGCUGGCCCAGGGAGGGACACCCCAACCUCCUUUUCAUUUGCCCUGGGUAGGAAAGACUACCCUUAUACACUUUCAGAGUGACGGGUACUGGGCUCAGGGCCCAGGUUACCCGUGCCCACCCCUAGCCCCAUCCCCGACUCUGCUGAGGAGGGAAGGCCUGACAACCCCAAGUUCUUUUUUUCCAGAGUUCCCAGGUCUCACCACCUCUUGCAGUUCCCACCCCUCCAUAUUUAUUUCCUGGCUUCUGGCCCUCUAUCUCUCUCUCCCGGUUUCAGGCCUCCCUCCUUGACAUGGAGAGUAACCUGUCUGGUCUGGUGCCUGCAGCUGGGCUGGUACCUGCACUGCCGCCCACAGUGACCCUGGGGCUGACCGCUGCCUACACUGCCCUAUACGCUCUGCUCUUCUUCUCUGUCUAUGCCCAGCUCUGGCUGGUGCUUCUGUAUGGGCACAAGCGCCUCAGCUACCAGACGGUAUUCCUGGCACUCUGUCUGCUCUGGGCGGCCUUGCGGACUACACUUUUCUCCUUCUACUUCCGAGAUACUCCCAGGGCCAACCGCCUGGGGCCCUUGCCAUUUUGGCUUCUCUAUUGCUGUCCUGUCUGCCUGCAGUUCUUCACACUGACGCUUAUGAACCUCUACUUCGUGCAGGUGGUGUUCAAGGCCAAGGCGAAGCGUCGGCCAGAGAUGAGCCGAGGCUUGCUGGCUGUCCGAGGGGCCUUCGUGGGUGCUUCACUGCUCUUUUUGCUGGUGAAUGUACUGUGUGCGGUGCUGUCCCGCCAGCGCCAGGCACAGCCCUGGGUCCUUCUGCUGGUACGUGUCCUGGUGAGCGACUCUCUCUUCGUCAUCUGUGCCCUCUCGCUUGCUGCCUGCCUCUGCCUCGUGGCCCGUCGAGCCCCUUCCACCAGCAUCUACUUAGAGGCCAAGGGGACCAGUGUGUGUCAGGCAGCUGCUAUAGGGGGUGCCAUGGUCCUGCUCUAUGCCAGCCGGGCCUGUUACAACCUGGCAGCUCUGGCCUUGGCCCCUCGGAGCCGGCUAGAUGCCUUCGAUUACGACUGGUACAACGUAUCUGACCAGGCAGAUCUGGUGAAUGACUUGGGGAACAAAGGCUACCUGGUGUUUGGCCUCAUCCUCUUCAUUUGGGAAUUGCUGCCCACCACAUUGCUGGUGGGCUUCUUCCGGGUACACCGGCCCCCACAGGAUCUGAGCACCAGUCGAAUCCUCAGUGGGCAGGGCUUUGGCUCUCGGUCCUACUUCUUUGACAGGGCGGGCCACUGUGAGGAUGAGGGCAUAGCCUGGGAGCAGAGCCGGAGUGAGAGCGCAAGCAUGUCCGGCAGCCUGGGUUCUGGCAGUUGGUAUGGUGCCAUCGGGCGUGAGCCAGGCUGGGGAGGGGCCAGCCAGACGAGGACCACUCCUCUGCUCUUCUCCCAGGUGCCAGGACCUGGUAGCCACUACCACAGCCUCUAUUCCACGCCACAGACGUGAUCUCCUUUUACUCCUCUUAGAGUACCCAAGCCCCAGUUCCCCUGACCCCUGGCCCCUGUGCCAAGGAUAUCUGCUGCUUCUUGCCCAGGAUGCCAGGAG